AGAGAGAGAAAAUGGCAGAAUGGUGAAAUGACAAUGGAGAGAUGGACGUAGGCUCGAUGAGUGAGUCAGAUCGUGGAAGAGGCGUAGGAGAAGCUCGGCGGAGCCAACGCGAGACGUAAGACGCGAGACGAAGACUCGCAUGAACGUCUCUGCGGGAGUCGCCUUGCGUCGCUCGCACGUGUCACAUCGCGCUAAUUGAAUUCCAACGAGACGACAGUUAACAUCACUCGAUACAUGGACGAUAUCGAAUCCGAGAGUCAUUUACAACGCACCUCUAUCUACCAAUGUUUUUUUCAUUUUAACCGCGCAGGCACGCGAUUCAACGAAUCUCUUCGACUCACGCGAUCGUUUCGAUAAUCAGCUCGAAUUUGGUUUAUUUCUCCAAGUUGUGACAGUUGUUUCUUGAAAGUAAAUACGUAAGCGUCGAACACAUCGCCAUUACGACGACAAUAUGGAUAUCGACAUGAACAUCAGUGAUACAUUGCGAGAAGUGAUAACGUUUCUGGAAUGUCUCGGCGACGCACAGCUUUCGCUCACGCUCGAGAGCUUGCGGGAGAAACUAUUGAUACGUUCGAAAAACAUCCUAAGCGUUACGACUCGAGCUCGAGCAUCAUCUCCGGAACCUUACUUGGACAUGAAGUCUGGCCCGAAAAGCCUAUUGCUGACAAGGAGCGAAGCCGAUUCAGAGGAAUACGUAAAAAUGGAAGAAUCUCAAAAACGUACCCAGCUCCACCCUCGGCCGCCUUUCUCACCCCAGGAUUACUACGAAACCUUCGAAAACGACGGCCAGACCGCGAGUCGUCUGUCGGUCGCAAGUGAAUAUCCCGACGAUUGUGAUAAGGGCCAGAUGUUAAUCAGAAUUUACAAGAAUCUAUCGGCGAUGCAAAUUAGAAGCAAGUGUUACAAAUGCGGCCCGCUCUACAGGAAAGAAGGAAAGAAGUUGUUUCUGUCGGAAAGCCGUGCCUGUUGGAUCGCAUUGGUUGGCUCGCAUUUGCUCAUCUAUCGAAGCGAACGGCACAAUCGACCGUAUGCUAUUUAUUCGAUUCGGGGCUACAUGGCUCGUCCGGCGCCGAAUAUGAUUCCUCGUGACCGGCGAAAGAGCGAAUCAGCCUUCGAGAUAUACAGUCCUGGAAACGAAACGUUACAGUUCAUCGCGAGAACACCCAAGGACAUGGACCAAUGGAUAGCGAAGAUCUGUGAAGUGGGAUGUCGUGAGAACGAGAACGAGAAGCGAGCUAUCCGGGUCGAGUCCUCGCCAACAGAUUGUUGCAAAGGCAACGAGGCUACGCGAUUACAUCGAGAUGCAGACAAGUCAGCCGUUGACGAUCACGACGUCAAGUCAACGAUGGCCAAAACCGAAUCGCCAAAGGCAACAAGUAUGAGAAACAAGAACGAGGCCGAGCGAAAAGAUACAGGCGAAAGAGCACCUCCGUUACCAGCUCGAAUACCGCGGAGGCUCCCCUCUUUGCCUCCCUCCGACAAUUUCACAGAGAUAUCUUCUUACAGAGCGACCGUCGAUGAGGACGAUGACGACGAUAUUUAUCACAAAAUUGAAGACUUGAGGAACGAAACGCGUUAUCAAAAUAUGGUAUUGUCGAAAACAAAACAGGCCGCGGAUCAUGCAGGCGUCGAGAGGCAAGAGGAAGCUGGCGCGUAUGACGACGUUUCUGCGCGACGUUCCUGCAACGGAAAAAACGAGAAAAACGACAAGAUGAAGGAGGGCAAAUCCCGCGAUACAAUAUCAUCUCAAGAGACCUACGACGAUGUCGUUACGAGUAUCGAAUCGGAACGAUCGAACCGAAAUGACGAUGCAUCCAUCGACGGACCAGGCGAGGCAGGAGAAGAGUUUUACGACGACGUGGAAAGCUUGCGUGAUGUGAUUUCACACAGAAGAUUCGCCAAAGAUCAUGUCAAGGAUCAGAUCGAAAUGUUGAGCAAGCUUCAAAAAAAAUCUUUUCUGGAUAAAGUUCUAAGUAGAAAAGAAUCUCCCGGCAAAUCGGAUAAGAGAGAGAGACAUUGCCACAAGGACAAAGUUUCGUCAUCUUUCGAUACGAAAGAAAUGCUUACUUACGACGACGUGUCCGAGCUGACUCCAAACCAGGGACUUUUAGUGAACGAGAGAGAGAAGGAGGAGGAAUUGCCGGAAUAUAAUUGUCCUCCACCACCCAGGCCAAUCUAUCAAGUAAAAUUGCCCGCGCAAAGCCAAAGUCCUGACGAAAUGCAAGAAUUUUAUGAUGAUGUUAGCGCUUACCAAGAACGAUGUAAUAAAAACCAGGAUUCGACGUAUAACACAGAAUCGGAGACGAACGGCACGCGCGACUCUACUUCUGCUCGCGGAGAAGAGAUAGAACAUUAUCAGUCACCGAAAAGCAGUUCGUGUAUUCGUGACGCUGCGAAUGAGAUGGAACAAAAUGAACAAUUAUACGACGACAUAGCGUUGUGGGCUGAUUUUACAGCACGACAAAGAGACAUUGUCUCUGGAAAGAAGGAGAGCGAGGAUGCUAAAUCGAUCAGUUCCGACAAAAAGACUUGGAAUCGAUUUGCCAUCAACAGGAAGUCACGAGUUAUGAGCGAUUUUAACUGCUCCAUCGAGCCAAAUAAACGAAGCUGCGGAAACGAGGGGAGCGACGAAAUUGAGGAUUCGCUCGAAAAUAGUGGAGCUAUUUUGGUCAAAAGGAACACUUUUCAAAAAUUAAUCAGCCGAAUGGAAAAUUCUCUUGCUAAAGUUUCCGCGAGAAGUCCAUCUUCGCUUUCGAUGGGAAAGUCAAGUAACAGUUCGUAAAGCUGGUUACAGGGUGAAUUUAUAUCGACUUGAACGCGAAAGAAUUAAUCUAUUACUGUUUACAUCCAACACUAAUUUGUAUGUUGUUGGCGUUCGUGCCAUAUGUGUACCAAAUUGCUUGAUACGUUUGGUAUAUAAACAAAGCUUCAUACUCUUAGUAUAUUAUUUAAAGUGCUCGAUGUAAAUUAACUAUAUAUAGGUAUAUAUUAUACCUUUAAUUGUAAUUAGGCGUAACGUAAUAAGUACUAUACACGUAAAGAUAAACGUAAGUAAGCGUACGUAUAUGUAAAGUAAAUAAAUUUAAUAAUAAAUAAUUGUACACACGCGC